AUGCUCCGCUCCCUGAACAAGGCAUCUGACGUAAGCAGCUGCAGACCUGGGACUAGUCAGUGUGCUGUUCACACCUCGAGGCGACAUGUUGUGGGUGAUUGCCGUCCUGUGUUUGGGGUACUCCUUCGCUGUGCCCCUGGGGCAGGCCCCGGAGACAGCUGAGUUCAAUGAGGAUUUCCCAGAGGAGAACCCAGGACUCUUUGAGGGUGAUAUCGAGCUUAGACCAGGACAGGACCCACUGAGCCGCAAUGCCUACAGGAACAGAGCAUACAGAUGGCCAAAUGGCGUGGUACCCUAUGUAAUUGACACUCACCAUUUCUCUUCCUCCGCGCAGAAUACAAUCCACAAGGCCAUGCAGACCAUCUCCGACAAAACAAAGCAUAACGGCCGAGCUUGUAUCACCUUUACACCACGUUCAAAUGAAACAGCGUACAUCAAGUACCAGGGUGGAUCAGGAUGCCAUACUCCUGUAGGAUAUCACCACAGUACUUCUGGUGUGACACUGGGAUCUGGGUGUGGCAGAAUCGGCACCAUCAUGCACGAGACUCUCCAUGCCCUGGGCUUCUGGCACGAGCAGAGCCGCCCCGACAGAGACAGCUACGUCACCAUUGAGUGGAGCAACAUCCAGAAUGGUCGUGAGCACAACUUUGACAAGUAUUCCACUACCAUGAUUGACACCCUCGGACAGCACUAUGACUACGAGUCCGUCAUGCACUACAACGCCCACAGCUUCGCCGUCGACCGCAGCAAGCCAACCAUUCUUGUCAAGCAGAAAGGAGCAGUCAUUGGACAGAGAACUCACCUGAGUCCCAUUGACAUCAAGAAGAUUCAACUGUACUAUGAAUGUUAAGAUGUACAGGCACGGGAUGUUUAGUCAUUAAAGAGAGUCUGACGUAA